UUCGGGCAGACUGCAGACGUCAGAGGGCGCUAGACUCUCGCACGCGACUCUGCAGUGGUAGAGACCUCGUGUUGUGUGCGUUUCCUUCCGGGAAAGUAAAUGUUUUAAAGGCGGAGAAGGCAUUUGAAUAAGUUAUAUUGUUUUGAAAACUGAAAAUGGAAGGUGUGUUUGGCAGAUGGCGUGGAAGACUGGUGAUCUAUGGGUCGCUUGUGCUCCUCCUGAAGAUCCUUCCGGCGACAACGGGACUCUCGGACGCCCCUUCGUAUCCUGACGAGAAUCCCCAGCCUCCUCCUUGCCCCCCAGGCGAUCCUAUCUGCCAAAAGGAAGACGUUCAUGAAGAUAUUACGGGGGGUGAGAGUCUCGGUGUCCCAGGAAAUACGAAUAAUGGACAGGGCGAUGGAGAUAAAGAUUGGAAUAAGGACACGGAUGAAGAAAGUAUGGACGGAAGGCGAGAAUCCCCGAAGGAGGAGGUCGAAGUGAUUCUAGACUGCGUGUUCUCGACCAUACCGUUCGUGGGAGGCAAGUGGUUGACCAAGGUAUUCAGAGAGAGAGUGUCCGACGCGACGCUGAUGGAGGCGACGAAUAGUUUCAUCGACGGUGGGGAACUUCUCAUCAAUUUGAUCAAUCUCAAACCCCGUUCGGUCCCCGUGAAGUUCUUCAAGGCUCUUAGUUCCUGUUUCGAGUUCGAAGAGGAUUACAACCCCUACGCAAGAGAGGAAGGAGAAAGACCUACUCAAAGAAAAGGAGAUUCUAACAUGGACGAGGAAACGCAGGCGAAAAUAGCAUCGUCUACCCUCUCGCACCAAAGAAAACGGAGGUCGGCCAAGGGCGGUUACGGCAAGGAUACUCUCUAUGGAUUUUCUCUUCUUGGGCUGUUAAUUGUCGGUUCCCUAAUAGCCUAUCUUAUUUAUCUCUUAACGAUGUAAUUAAA